GACUGGGGUGAAUAACAGUGACACUGCGAGGGGACAGCAGCGCAGCAUCUUAUUUUGCGUUCAGUGUGCGCGGAAGCAGAGCUUCAUAUUGAGGACCUGCGCUUAAUAUAAAAUUUUAGUAUGCUAUUUAUAAAGAAAAAAAGUUACAUUUUGGACUACAAGAGAAAUGAAAUAACGUGAAUAAAAAGUAGCCUAUUUCAACUGGAAACGGAGAAUUAAAGAUCCAUUUAUACUUUUUAGACUUAUUAGUGGCACCAACGCCUAUUUAGUCCAGCCUAUAUGGUACUGACAUUGUCACAAACCAUUGUCUAAAGCGGAGAUGAGCCGAAUCCUUCCCCGCCCAAAUGAUGGUUGAUUUGGGAAGUAUUUCCGCCUAGAAGGUGCUGUAGAGCAACCGACAGCCAGUAGUGGCCAGCAGCAAACAGCAGCUACAGCGGUGGAUGUAGGAUCAGAGUCGGGGCGAAUCGGGGAUCCACUGUCAGAGGGGAAGGGGAGCAGAGGGACUCUCUCAACACUCACUGAAUCAUGGCUACUGAAACAGUGUCACCGGCAUGCACUGGAUCCAGUUUGCUGCAACCCAUAAGCGAAAUCAUCAAUCUCCCCCUCGACCAGGGCUUCCAGGGAUCGACCCCACCUGUCAGCCAGCCAGCCAGCAAGGACAGUCCAGACUCCAGCUCUGGAGAGAGACCGGGCCAAGGCUUUACCGCCACAGGACCGUCUUAAAGGGCCUAGGAACGUACAGCAGAGAGGCCCCACUUGGUGAACUUUGUUGUGUGCCAGCUGUUUGCCCUGUUGACAGCCUUCGGGUUCCGUCUCUAUCUCCAUCCCAGUAAGACCAGUCCCUUUGUCAGACAUGUAGUGGCCACACUACUGGGAUUCUACUUUGCUCUCUUCUGUUUCGGCUGGUAUGCUCUCCACUUUCUGGUUCAGAGUGGGCUCACCUAUGGCAUCAUGAUCCUAACAGGAGUGGAACACAUGCACAAAUACUGUUUGGUGGUGGCCCUGGGGUAUCUAAGCUUCUGCCAGAUCACGCGUGUGUACGUCUUCGACUAUGGCAUGUACUCUGCUGACUUCACAGGGCCUAUGAUGGUGAUAACACAGAAGAUCACCAGCUUGACGUUUGAAAUCCACGACGGAAUGUGCCGGAAAGAGGAGCAGCUGACUCCAAAUCAGAAAAUCCUGGCUAUAAAGAGGAUGCCCAGUCUGCUUGAGUACUUCAGCUACAACUGCAACUUCAUGGGCAUCCUGGCCGGCCCCACCUGCUCUUACAACGAUUACAUCGCCUUCAUUGAGGGUACGCCCUGCCGUCGCCAUAGAGACCAGCAGACAAAUGGGAAGGCCAAUGGCAGGCACAAACAAACUGACCCCUCCCCAAACAUUGAAGUCGUCCGUAAACUGGCCACCUGUUUCUUCUCCCUCAUGGUUUUCCUGUCCGUGUGUAAAGUGUUCCCUGUGGAACGGAACAUCGACGACGACUUCAUCGCCACCACGCCCUUCUACGCCCAGGUGGUCUACCUCUACCUGUCCAUGCUGACCACCCGGCCCAAGUACUACUUCGUCUGGACACUGGCCGAUGCCAUCAACAACGCAGCAGGCUUUGGGUUCAACGGAUACACCAGUGACGGCUCACCACGUUGGGAUCUCAUCUCCAAUCUGAGGAUAACGGAUAUUGAGUUUGCCACCAGCUUUAAGAUGUUCCUCGACAACUGGAAUAUACAGACUGCACAUUGGCUCAAAAGGGUGUGUUACGAGCGCUGUCCCUACAAACCCACGGCGGCUACCUUCAUCCUGUCGGCCAUGUGGCACGGAGCAUAUCCUGGAUACUACCUCACCUUCCUCACCGGCAUUGUGGUCACACUGGCUGCACGCGCCAUGAGACACAACGUGAGGCCACACUUUCUGGGCUCGCCGUCACAUAAGCUAGUCUACGAUGUGAUCACGUGGGCGGGCACCCAGAUUGCCAUUUGUUACACUGUGGUGCCUUUUGUGCUGCUGUCUGUCGGGCCCUCUAUGAAGUUCUACAGGUCCUGGUACUUCAGCGUCCACAUCGGCUGUGUUCUCCUGGCCGUAGCCCUGCCAGUCAAGCCCCGACACCUGCGCCUGAAAGAGCAGCAGAAAGGCCUGCAUCUGGCCCCCAUCCUCUCCCACCUGGACUCCACCUCCACAGACAGCAACUGCAACAAGAAGAACAAGGCCACAUGAAGCAGAACCAGACCAGCUAACGGUGGACACACAGAGAGACUAGCACCGAGGACUGCAGGGGACUGUCCAACACUGUAUUAAAUCCACGUAUAAAGAGAGAGAGCGAGGUGGAUAGAGGAGUAGAUUCUAACAAACAAACUCUGACAAACCUGACCAACCUGCCUCUGUUUGUCUCUGUUUUGGAGUGGGAUGAUGAUGAUUCUCAUUCAGUCACAUGGCACUGAGACUGAGCAGCAGCCACACCAUGGAGGGAAGGAUGUAUGGCUUUGGGAUAUGUCCAAAAUGGCACCAUAUUCCCUAUUUAGUGCACUUCAAAGGGAAUAGGGUGCCAUUUGGGAUGCAACUCUACUGUAUUAUGAUGAUUUGUGUCUGGGGUGGAGUGGGAUGGAUGGGUCCCGGUGAUGAAAUGCCAGUAUUGUACUAUUACUGUAUUAUGGGAGUAUGCAGACUUGCCUUAUACCCUUUGUCUCUUUCUCCACAAUCUUUUUUUUAAAAAGCUUUUGUGUAUCCUUCUCACAUUGGAUAUUGUCUGGGCUGUGUUUCUCACUUGAGGUGAACAGAUUUUAGUAUCAGGUGGGUGAGACUGAAGUGUUCUCUCAGUUAACGGUAACAAAUUAGUGUUUUAGUCCUGGUGAAAAGCAAAUGUAAGUUAACUUCUCUAUGAUACAGGAAGUUAGAAGAAUUAAAGAGAAGGAAAACAAGAUGGCAGUGUCCUCAAUGUCUUUUUACAUGAUAUGAUUCAUAGUCUCAACAUGGAAUGUGUACAAAUUGCACCCCUUUCCCUACAUACAGCAGUACAGUUAUUUUGACCAAAGCCCUAAGGGCCCUGGUCAAAAGUAGUGCACUAUUUAGGGAUAUGGUGACAUCCAAGGACCUACUCUAGACUGUUUGCUUUUACUGAGUGAUGUUAUGGGCUGACUUAACUGCUGUUUUAUUCAGUUAAGUCAUUGUAUGAUUUUUACAUAACGGCACCAAGAGUAGUUACUAACUCCUACUUAUUCAUGAUUUAUAUGUGUCAGUAGUGUGAGAGGCAAGAUGGUGUAGUAUUUCCAUGUGUAGAGGUCAAUGUUUUGUCAUUUCAUGUACUUGUUAUUUAUGUGAUUCCAAUGGACUUGUGGUAUGUUCGACAAAGGUGAAAAGGUGGUGUUAAGGUAAGAAAAUCAACCUGACAUGCUGUUAAGUUGGAGGUGAAAGGGACAACAUUACAGUAUUUAUGAACACUCCUCUUCUUCAGACAGUUCUGAUUCUAUUUUCAUUACAGGGGGAAGUGAAAACUAAACCUACUUCUUCUUGAGUCUAUUGUGAGUUAACUAUGGUAAUUGUGAGAAACCUUUGCUUGGGGCCCUGGUGAAAGGAGAAUGGUGCGCUCAUCCUAACCCCUCAGCCAACCGCGCUACUUGUUCAUGUGGAUGAUGUGGAUGGUUUGUUUUUGUAUAUGAUGUGAUUAAAAUAUUGAUCUUUUCGCAA